GAAGAUUUUCUAGAAUUUUGAUAAAAGUAAACAUCAGAAUUUUAAUGUUUGGUGAAUCUGUGCUGGGAUUAGCUAUUUGUUGACAAGAUGGUGGUAUCAUUACCCGAAAUAUUGAGCCUGGGCGGUGAAAAAAAGUUGACAGCUUGUUUGCUUUUGUUAAUAUUGGAAUUAUUUUUGGAAGGGGCUGAGGCAGUUCCAAAUUCCGCCGAUAUUGAAAAUCAUUUGGAAUUGGGUAAACAGUUUUUGGCCCACAAUCAAUUAAGUGAUGCCCUGACACAUUAUCAUGCAGCUGUUGAGGGCGAUCCCAACAACUAUUUGACUUUGUUCAAACGCGGCACAGUCUAUUUAGCCAUGGGUAAAACCCGUUUUGCCAUACAAGAUUUUAGCCGGGUCUUGGAUUUGAAACCAGAUUUCACAGCGGCCCGUUAUCAACGUGGCACAGUCUAUAUGAAAAGUGGUGAAUAUCAACAAGCUGCAGCGGAUUUUGAACAAGUGCUCUAUGAAGAACCACACAACGAGCACGCCCACGAAUCAUAUUCUCGCAUUGCACCCGCCGAAGAACAAUGGCUUAUAGUACAGGAUUUAAUGGCACGCGGCGAUUAUAGAAAUGCCAUUCCCAUGCUGACACAACUUUUAGAAAUUUCACCAUGGUGUGUGGCAUUCCGUCAAACACGUGCCGAUGCCUAUAUCGAAUUAAAUGAUCUCCUCGCCGCCAUAUCUGACCUGCGUUCAGUAAAUAAAUUAUCACAAGAUAGUACCGAAGGUUAUUAUCAUCUCGCCCUGCUGUUGUAUAAAAUCGGUCAUGCCACCAGCGCUCUGAAGGAGAUACGUGAAUGUUUAAAAUUCGAUCCUGAACAUAAAGACUGUUUCCCAUUCUAUAAGAAGCUGAGAAAGGUGGAAAAGGGUAUUUCAAAUGCUGAACAAUAUCGUGACGAAAAGCAAUAUCAAGAUUGUAUACAAUCGGCCGAAUCCGUGUUGAAACACGAAAUGGAGGAGCAAAUGAUAAUCUAUGAAGCAAAGCGUAUUCUGUGCACAUGUUCGGUGCGCAACGAAGAUCAUGGCAAGGCGCUGGGCUAUUGUAAGGAUGCCUUGGACAUCAUGAAAGAUGCCCAAAUACUCUGUGAUCGUGCCGAAGCCUAUAUGGGUUCGGAAAUGUAUGACGAUGCCAUACAUGACUAUCAGGAAGCUUUGAGUUUGGACGAACAUCUGCAAAGAGCCAAAGAGGGUAUUGAAAAAGCCAAAAGACUGCAAAAACAAGCCGAACGUAGAGACUAUUAUAAGAUAUUAGGUGUUAAGCGCGAUGCAACAAAACAGGAAAUUGUCAAAGCCUAUCGUAAGGCAGCACAAAAAUGGCAUCCGGAUAAUUUCCAGGGUGAUGAAAAGAAAAAGGCUGAAAAGAAAUUCAUUGAUGUGGCUGCCGCCAAGGAGGUACUCACAGACCCGGAAAAGCGAAGACAAUUUGAUCAGGGUAUAGAUCCAUUGGAUCCUGAGGGUCAACAGGGUGGUCAUGGUGGUUUCCAUGGCGGUUCACCAUUUGCUCACUUCCAUCACGGGUCACCGUUCCAGUUUAAGUUCCAUUUUAAUUAACGAGACCAUUUUUAUGAUGAAACCACACACAC